AGGACACCAAUGAUCAUAAAUACGUCCCUGAAGAUUAUAUGCAGUGUGACCUGUCGGUAGGAUAGAAAACAGGUGUUUAUAAUCGGUAGGUUCCGUCCACCGAGCGAGUAAGGCAGGGCUGUGUCUGUAGUGGGAAUCUGCAAGGGGGCGCGCGAUGCUCACCAGGCAGACUUCUUGUUGCUCUAAUUCCCUGGCGAAAUACUACUGUUCGUCGCUGUUUUAUGUUGUGUUUUUGGGGGAAAUAGUAAUAGAGAGUAAAAACAUAUCGUUUUGAUAAUCAAUCAGUAAAGAUUAAAGGUGGGUUUUUGAUAAAGUUAACAUCGUGGUGGUGGAGGGUCGGGCCGGCUUUGUUCGACCGACUGUGUUAGACCCUACGUGGUACGUGCAGGUGUAAUUUAAUAAGGAGCAGCGCAGGGGAGGCUUGGCGAUUUAACAGGGAUAUCGAUUUGUCCGCCGAGUGCUGUGCUGGUAACUCCAUCGCAAGACCCAAGAAGAAGGCAGCCAUGGACGUCGAUAUUUUUGGGGCAGAGCUUGCUUCAACACCGUGUUGGGUAUGUUGCGUCCGAGCGAGUCCAGAGGCCUGAUCCAGGGCCCGAGAAAUGCGACCCGAGUCGCCCGCCGCCGGCCGAGACUAACGCGGUACGAGAUAACUAGACAAGAGAGAAAGAGACAAAUCUAUAUAUUUCACGUAAUUGCUAAAGCUCAUAAUAAUAAAGCCGGCUUUAACACGAUCUUAUUAUUUUAUACUAUCACCGAUCGAAUUAGUCACUUUUUGACGUGACCUGCCGCGUUUUAAGUUGGAAAGAUUUCUACCAGUGACGUACCACGUUAGACACGAUGGAUAUCGGCAUCGUUGGUAACCCUACAACGGGGGGUCCAUCCAACCCAGGGGGGGCCUUGGCCUGUCCCGUUUGUACUCUUUAUUUGCGUGAAGGUAUUAGCCUUCAAAGACAUUUGGAUACACAUCCCAAGGAACAGGUCAUAGAGGCACUCAUUAAAGCAAGCUCUCAGACGCAACAACUUCAAUCUUCUAUGUCAAUACCUUCUGUUACUUCUAGUAUACAAUCACUACAGAAUACACCGCAACAACACAUACAACAACAACAGACUACUGCGCAUGUAUCUGCUGCACAGUCACCGUACCCCAUAGGGCCUAUAUUUGAAUGUCCACCCAUUGGUACUAUGAUGCCUCCUCAGUUCGCUUCCUUUAGUUAUCAACAAUUUGUCAAUAAUGGGACCAUGAUGAUACCGCAGUACGCUAUGGCACCACAGACUAAUCAGAUGAUGCAAAUGUUGUAUAAUCCUUACGGUAUGUAUCAACAGCAACAGAUACCUACUGUCCAAAUGAUCUCUCCGGUUGCAGCCAUUCCUAAUACCACUAGGAUGAGACCUGUGGUUAGUAUGUCAGGCGAAACAAAUACCAGGACUACCAUCACAGUACCUGUCAAUAGUUCUGAACCUAAACAGAUCUUACCUGAAAUAUUGCCAGAGUCAGAAGUAGAAAACGAACAUGAUCUGCCUGACAUUAAUUUCCCUGCAUCGCCCGAAGUAUCCAACAAUAAUACUUCCAUACAACAAGAUGGAAAUGAUAAUAAUAGAAUUCAAUUAGAACAUAGAACGCAACAAAUACAAAAUAAUACUAUUCAGGAUCAAAAUAGCGUGCAACACGAAUACAAUUCCAUUCCUAGAUCUUUAACUAUAACUUGUAACAUCGAAAAUGAAGACGACGAGAAUGCCGAAAGCGUACUGCCUGAUAUAGAUGAAAGAGAAACAACGCACAUGGUUGCUUCUAUCGUACAAUGCAAAUCUACUCAUUACGAAGAACAAUCAGAAACGCAAAGGUUCGAUCAAGAAUACAAAGACGAUAGUAGUAAACUCGAUGUAAAUCCUCAAGGUGUAUUAGAAAGUGCUUUGGAAAUUGAAGAAGAAAAAAUAGAAGAGGAUAAAUCUUUAACCGAGGAAAAGGAAAAAAGCGAAAAUGAAUCUGUCCCGUCUCAAGUUCCUGCUAUAGAAACGAUUAAAGAUAUAGUGCAACCUGAGGUUGAACAAUUGGAACAGUUAUUAAUCAAUAUUAUGGAAUCGGAAUUUAAUAAUUCUACAACCAAGGAGGAUGAUGUACAGCAGGAAGAAGAAAAAAAGAAAAAUUCGCCGAUUCACACAGACGAAGAAAUAAUAACUCCUAAUAUAAUAGAUGUUACUCCGAGUUCUCAAAAUAAUGAUGAUAUUGAUGAAUGUCAUAUAGAAAUGGAAAUAACAGAGGAACCAAAAAUAUGUGUAGAAGAAAAAUCUGACAAAAAUUAUAUUUUAUAUCAUUACAAGGAGAGUUUAUCUGCUCCACCUUCGCCAGCAGUACGAAAGAAAUCAACUAGAACGUAUUCAGUACGUUCUGAAUAUGGGUCGAAUGAAUUUCUCAGUGUUUAUCCUGCUGGAUUUGAUGCUACCACGUUGCAAGAUGAAGAAGAGGAAGAGGAAGAAGAUAAGAAUGUGACAGAAGAUAAUUUUGAUGAAGCGGAUAUGGAAAUAGAAGCAAUACCUAGUCCUCAUACACCUUUUACAAAAUAUGGCGAAAGUUCAGAUGUUGUUAGAUCUCAUACUCCAUUGUCUGCCAUUAGCGGUAUAUCAGUACUAAGAGUUAGAAAAGAUUUAAGUAAACCUUGUUCUCCUGCAUCCGUACAUUCAUUUUGUCAUAUGGAUGCAGAUAGUUUGAGUCACGAUGAGGAAAGUAACGAUUUAGGUGAAAUUACGAUGGAAAAGGAUCCUAUUAGUUGCCCUCAGAUUGAAGAACAAGUUAAAGUAAAUAAAUACGAAGAGAACGUAUGUGAAAAUGUGGAAAAGAAAGGAGAUAAUUCUAAUCAUGUUUAUCAUCAAUCUGUAAUAACAGAACACGUUAGCCUAUUUCCGCCAAUUCAUUCACAACAGCCUGUUUUAAUACAAGAUUCUUAUUCGUUACCUAAUAACAAAAAUCAUAGUCUUUUAAAUUUAUCCGAAUCUAUUAAUCCAACUACAAGCACCGAAUCAAAGAAUUAUCAUUCUAACAAAUCAAUUAUUCAGAAACAGUCAAUGGAACUUCUUAAUAUUAAUGAAGAUGCUCAUGCUGGUCCAAUGAACGUUUUUGAGUUUGAUGGACUUCAAAUUUUAGUUCCUAGUACAUUUAUAAGUGAAUCAUCACAAAAAGCAGUUAGUGCGACGAGCCAACAAUCAAUGGCCAGUAGCGAAGGAGGUGCAGGUAUCGAUGAGGAAGUCAAAAGUGUUAAUAUGCGAGCUGACGAGACUAUGCCACCCAGAGGCGAAUUAUCGGAACAAGAAAGUAAUGGUUGUACAGAACAAUCAGCUUGGCAGGUUUAUAUGGGUCAAGAAUCUUCAAGAAUGUCAACUUCUUAUGAUCUAAUGGCAAGAGAAAGUUGGGAAGAAUCGGAAGGAUCGGACAAUGAAAUUAGUGGUCCAUUGUUAGAUAGUCGAUCUUUAGCAACACAUUUUACAUCUAGCUUAUUCUUAGAUCGUGAUAGAAAGACGCCUACCAAAAGGACAUUUAAGUGUUCACAUUGCCCUGAGGUAUUUGACUGUCCUAAAGAACGUAGAGUACAUAGUACAAUGGUGCACAAAGAAUCUGGACCUAGCAGUAGUAGAGAUGCAAUGGAAGCACCAGAAGUUAAAGAUAUUAAAUUAUUAGAUGGUCGUAUGAAUGUGUUUGAUGAUAUUUUUGUACCAGGGUUACACGUGCAACAAAUAUAUCAUCAACAACCAUUAUUACAUCAACUUCAACCACCACAACCAGAUCUAACAAAAAUAGAGACAGAUCAGAAAGGUGAAAACUUGACAAUUCCUUCUACAGUAGAAGUAACAUGUGCAUUAUGCAAUCAACGAUUUAGUAGUGAAAAAGCUUUACAAUUACAUCAUAAGAGAAUGCAUAUAGUUGAAGUAUCCAAACGUAUUCGUGAACAGGCUAAAUGCGUAAUAUGCAACGAAGAAUUUCCAUCGGUUGUAUUGUUUAAUGCUCAUUUAAAAAUACAUCCGUUAGAAUGCGGACAAUGCGGCAAGUACUUUUAUAGAAAACAGAAUUAUAAGUUACACAUGAAACGACAUUUAGGAAUCAAGCCGUUCCCUUGUUCGCUAUGUGAUAAGGCAUUUUUAACUAAACAAAAAUUAGAUGAACAUACCAACGGACAUACAGGUAAUGCCCCUGUUAAAUGUAAUUUGUGUAAUGAAACAUUUCGUAGAUAUUCCAAUUUAACACAGCACAAGAAUAGACAUCAUCUUAAUAUUAAAAAGAAAUUAAAAGACUACAUAUGUCAGUGUGGAGAGAUAUUCCAUACGAAGAAAAAAUUAGCUUGGCAUAAGGAGACGCACGACGAGAAACCUAAGGCAUGCACAUACUGUAAUGAAAGAUUUAUACAUAUGGCUAGUUUAACUCGUCAUAUGCGUCGUGCUCACAAUAGGAGAUUUGUUCCUGAUGCUCAAAGAGAAAACGAAAACGUCGAGUGUCCAAUAUGUAAAUGUAUUUAUUUGAGAUCAUCCUUAGCUGUUCAUAUGCGUGUCCAUAACGGUGAAAAACCGUACGAAUGUCAGGUAUGUUCCAAGGCUUUUAGUACCAAAUGGAAUUUACAAUUGCACAAGUGGACUCAUGCAGCGCGCAGCACUAAACCAUUCAAGUGCAACCAGUGUAGCGCCGCAUUUUAUCGACACAGUGAUUAUACUGCUCAUAUGAAUUCUCAUCGAAACGUACGUCCAUAUACGUGUAAUUACUGUGGAGCUCAGUUCAUUAGAAAAUAUAACUGUUUAAGACACGUUAAAGAACACGAGGAGAACAAGGCAUACACGUGUGACGUUUGCAACAAAACUUUCCAUAGGUCUUAUUAUCUAAAAGAACAUUUAAGAGUGCACUCAGGAGCAAGACCUUACACGUGUCACAUUUGUGGUAAAUCAAGUGGUACGAAGUCUAAUCACAAUAAACAUGUAAGAAUUCAUCAUGCCCGAGAACCUGUAAAUACUGAAAACUUCAAAAAAAAAAUGACUACAAAAAGGAAGCCUGAAACACAAGUACCGGCAGAGGAAAGUGAUUUACUUUCAAUUCGGCCACUUGGUGCUGGCCAAGAGGUUGGGAGAUCAUGUAUUAUGUUGGAAUUUAAAGGAAAAAAAAUAAUGUUGGAUUGUGGUAUACAUCCAGGAUUAUCAGGUAUGGAUGCUCUACCAUUUGUAGAUUUAGUAGAAGCAGAUGAAAUAGAUCUAUUAUUAAUCUCACAUUUUCAUUUGGACCAUUGCGGUGCAUUACCAUGGUUUCUGCAAAAAACAAGUUUUAAGGGACGUUGUUUCAUGACGCAUGCAACUAAAGCGAUUUAUCGUUGGCUUUUAUCUGACUAUAUCAAAGUUAGUAACAUUGCUACCGAACAAAUGUUGUACACCGAAUCAGAUUUAGAAACUAGUAUGGAUAAAAUAGAAACUAUUAAUUUUCAUGAAGAAAAAGAUGUCUUUGGUAUAAAGUUUUGGGCAUACAAUGCUGGACAUGUAUUAGGUGCUGCUAUGUUUAUGAUUGAAAUAGCUGGUGUUAAAAUUUUAUAUACUGGAGAUUUUAGUCGUCAAGAGGACAGGCAUUUAAUGGCUGCUGAAAUACCAAAUAUUCAUCCAGAUGUAUUGAUAACUGAGUCUACCUAUGGAACGCAUAUUCACGAGAAGAGAGAAGACAGAGAAGGAAGAUUUACUAAUCUAGUUCACGAGAUAGUCAAUCGUGGUGGUAGAUGUUUGAUACCAGUCUUUGCAUUAGGAAGAGCACAAGAACUUCUUCUUAUUUUGGACGAAUAUUGGAGUCAACAUCCUGAAUUACAUGAAAUUCCAAUUUAUUAUGCAUCUUCUUUGGCCAAAAAAUGUAUGGCCGUUUAUCAAACAUACGUUAAUGCAAUGAACGAUAAAAUUAGACGACAGAUUGCUAUCAAUAAUCCUUUUGUAUUCAAACACAUUUCUAAUUUAAAGGGUAUAGACCAUUUUGAGGAUAUUGGACCAUGCGUAGUUAUGGCAUCUCCGGGUAUGAUGCAAAGUGGUUUGUCAAGAGAAUUAUUUGAAUCUUGGUGUACCGAUGCUAAGAAUGGUGUUAUAAUAGCUGGUUACUGCGUAGAGGGUACACUAGCUAAAACUAUUUUAUCUGAACCAGAAGAAAUUACAACAAUGUCUGGACAAAAAUUACAAUUAAAAAUGUCUGUAGAUUACAUAUCAUUUUCUGCUCAUACCGAUUAUCAACAAACAUCAGAAUUUAUACGUAUUUUGAAACCACCACAUGUAGUACUCGUACACGGAGAACAGAAUGAAAUGGGAAGAUUAAAGGCUGCUCUGCAAAGAGAAUAUGAAGAUGAUCCGAACACUACUAUGGAAAUUCAUAAUCCCAGAAAUACGGUUGCCGUAGAGUUAUAUUUCAGAGGAGAAAAGACUGCUAAAGUUAUGGGCACGUUGGCGAUGGAAACACCUAAUCCAGGACAAAAAUUAUCUGGUGUUUUGGUUAAACGUAAUUUUAAUUAUCAUAUGUUAGCUCCUUGCGAUUUAUCGAAGUAUACAGAUAUGAGUAUGAGUCAAGUUAUCCAAAGGCAAAGCGUUUAUUUCUCCGCUUCGUUACCUGUAUUAAAGCAUCUCUUAACACAAAUAGCUGGUAAUUUGGAAGUUAUAGAUGAUAAAAAAUUAAGAGUCUUUAAAAACAUCGAUGUAACCAUCGAUGGUAAAAUUGUUAUGAUGGAAUGGAUAGCAACUCCAGUUAACGACAUGUACGCUGACUCUGUUUUGACUGCAAUAUUGCAAGCCGAGAUGAUGGAACAACCUCCUAAAAUGUUACCCGCGCCAACUAAAAUGGAUAGGAUGCAUUUCAAAGAAUGUCUUAUUGAAAUGUUGCAGGAAAUGUUUGGAGAAGACUCUGUUCCUAAAAUUUUCAAAGGAGAAAAGUUAUAUGUAACCGUCGAUGGUAAAAAGGCGCAUAUAGAUUUAUUAAACUUAGAAGUUACCAGCAAAGAUGAUGAGACUUUCCAACAAAUAGUACAAACAGCUGUAAUGAAAUUACAUCAAUCGUUAGCACCACCCUGCGAUACGAUAUAAUUAAUUACAUUUGAAAUACUUUUAUAUUCCUGCGUCAGCAAAUAUAUUUUAUAAUAUAUGAUUUAUUUCAAUUUUGAUAUAUUAAAAGUAUAUAGAUAAUAUUCUAAUUAAAUUUUCAUCAAUCCUAGUGUAUAACAAUGUGGUAUAUAAUAUUUUUUUAUAUUCGAAACAUUCAUGCUGUAAAUAUGAUUUUCAAUUUCAUGAUUAAAUAAAAUAAUUUCCAUAUAAUAUUUAUAAAUAAGUUAAAAAUAAAAGAAACAUUAAUAAUUGAU